AGAUUUGAGGGCGUUUCCAACCGGGCACAGUAGGCUUUUGGCACUAAAAGUGGGUGGGACCUACAUCUUAAAGGAAAGAUUAUUUUCAUCGGUCGACAUUCAAAAGCACUAGGAUUGGUCAGUGCGCCUGCGCGCCUUUAAUGGGUGGGCGGAGCUCGGGCAGGCCUGAGACACUGAGAGUAUUAAAGAGGCAGCAAAAGACAAUUCAGGGGUUUUCCCCUCUUCUGUUUUUUAAACCAUGGAUGCUGCUGGGCCCCUCAUCCAUGUUGACUUUCCAGAUGUAGCAAGUUCCCUCCUUGAGAGCCUAAAUCAACAAAGGAUGGAGGGAAAGCUUUGUGAUGUGUCAAUACAUGCACAGGGCCGUGUCUUUCGUGCUCAUCGUGCUGUGCUCGCUGCUUCCUCCCCAUACUUCCAUGACCAAGUAUUGUUAAAAGGCAUGAGUUCUGUUUCUUUGCCAGGAGUUGUGGAUCCAGGAGCAUUUGAAGCUGUACUGUGUGCUGCUUAUACUGGACGUCUGACCAUGUUAGCUGAUGAAAUUGUGAACUACUUGACUGUGGGCAGUGUUCUUCAAAUGUGGCAUGUAGUUGAUAAAUGUUCAGAGCUGCUGAAAGAAUCUCGAGGAGGUAACAGCUGUGGCAUUGUAGAAGGAGCAGGUAGCACUACUGGUCCUACUCCUCAGCGUCCUCACUCAGGCAGGGCAAGUGAGAAUCAGUCUCCAAGCAGUAGUAAUUAUUUCAGUCCACGGGAGGCUCCUUCAGAACCCUGUGUGGAGAGGGGUAGGAGGAGAAGUGAAGUGGUUAGUGAUGGAGCAGAAGAAGCUGUUGGAGAACCUGAGCAAGGAGGCGGGGAGGCUUCAGUUGCAAGCUGUUCUAGUUACAGGCGACCUAGCAUAGUGCCACAAAGACACUGGGUGUAUGUGAAAAAAGAGCGUCCUCACCAAGGUUUGCUAUUGACUUGUGAAGGAGAAGAGGAAGAAGAUGAUGAGCUUGAGGAAGAUGAAGAGGAAGAGCAACUAAGCAUAAGUGAUGUCCGCACCCUAAAUGCACCUGAGGAGCAAGUGAACUUUUGUGAACCAUCUGAUGGUAUGCCAUAUGAGGAGGGAGCAGGUGGGUCAGGUUAUCCACAGGGUCCUCCUCUUCUUCCCUUGGAUAUGCAAGGAAACCAGCUACUUGUUUUGCCCUCAGGGCAUGGGGCUGCAGGACAAGGAGGUUCCGGAACAAGCCCUGGAGGAGAGGGUGGGAAGAUAUUUCUUUGCCACUGUGGAAAGGCAUUUUCCCAUAAAAGCAUGCGUGAUCGCCAUGUCAACAUGCACCUUAAUUUGCGUCCAUUCGACUGUCCUGUUUGUGGGAAGAAGUUCAAGAUGAAACACCACCUGACAGAACACAUGAAGACACACACAGGUGUAAAGCCAUAUGAGUGUGAAGUGUGCGCAAAGAAAUUUAUGUGGAGGGACAGCUUCAUGAGGCAUCGUGGCCACUGUGAAAGGAGGCACAGGGCCACUGCAGGGGGAGGUAUAAUCCAAGGGCUAAAGGAUGAUCCUGCUGUGUGAGCUGGAAAGAGAGGAGUCAUAUGGAGAAAUGGGGCAGAAAAGACUUCUGCUGCCUGAGAUGAAGCAGUGGGAGAAGGAAAAGCAGUAGCUUAGUUCGAGAGAAAACAGUGGAAAGGAAAAAGGCCAGCAAGAAAACACAAAGUGGUUGCAAGGGUUGGGGUAAGGAAAGUCUAAUGAUUACAGGCAGAAAUUUUCAUGGGGAGAAAGAGAUAAGCAUCAGUAUUUACUUUUCUCUUCCUUGUUUUGACCUUACAUAUACAAAAUUGAAUAAUAUAGGCAUCUAUAGAAGAGGCUUGGCUUCCAUGAAAAUUCUCCAACUGCUGUAGAUAAAGAAGACACAAUAACACAAUUUUUUAGCCUCUCCGCAUAUUAAGGUAAGAUAACAUGUAUAUUAAGUGGCUAAAAACAACUAUCAAUGUUUUACCAAGUUUUAAAUCAGAUAAAAUAGGAGCCAUAUAUUUGGCCACUAUAAAAAAUAAGAAAUCUUACAUAAAAAUCUAAACUGGAUAUUAAUAUUAUUUUUUUUUUCUUACAACUAUUGCAUCUGAUUAAAACAAAGAGAAUAACAUACAUCAAAUAUGCAGACACACAUUCACAGUCCCAGAAAUUAGGAUUAUCUGAAAGAUAUCAGAAAUCUAUCAGCAAAACAAUGCUUUUGUGUGGGUAAUUUGGGUAAUUUAGAUAUUGGUCAGUGUAUCUCCAGUCUCCUGCUGCCUUUCAUAUUCUCCCUCUGCUCAGAGAUUAACUCUAAUUCUGUGGUACUUUUCUCCAACAAGCAAAGAUUGCUAAGCACUGUUUCCUCUACAGGCCUCAGAAUUUCAUCUCCACGUGGACACAAACUCUUUCUCUCUUUGACUUUGACUCUAGUACCUUGGAGUAUUUUUCCUCCCUAAUGAUGCAUUGAGAACUUGAAAUCUGUUGUCCUUUAAAGGGCAGACUACACUAUACAUUUCUUUCUCUUACUGUAUGUGUAUUUAAGAAACAUAAGCUUCCUCCUGUUUAAGAAAGGGCAAUAGGGUACCUAUAGAGGGUUGUUGGGAUUGCACAACUGUUGUACAUUUUAGGUGUAUAAACAGGGGACUAUAAUUGUGUGCACACUACACCUACCCAUACUUCAUUGUGCUUGUCUGUCUUCUUAUGUACCUAUCUGCACUUGCAUGUACAUGGGUUCCAUCAUUCUUCACACCUGUCUACUCACUUACAUAGGAUGUAGGUAAUUUGCAUACGCACCAGUCUGUAUGGUUUCUGAAAUGUAUUUAGAAUGCAUUCAUUCUACUUUGUUCGAAAGAUAAAAAGGUAAUGCACUUAAA